AGGAGCAGCGGCAGCAGCAGCAGCAGGAGGCGAUAGCUGCCAGCCGAGGAGGCGCGGCGGAGAGGGGACUGCGGUCAGCUGCGUCCACUCGGGGCUGCGCGGCGGUCCCGCGCCCGGCGAUGUUCCCGGGCAGUCUCUGAGUAGCAGCAGCUUGCCCCCCGCCCGCUAGCCCACCCUGGUGUCCGGCUCGCUUGCUGGCUGGCGCGGCCCCGGCCCCGCUCUGCGUCGGCCCCGCCGCGGUGGAGGCACGCGAGAGGGACGCGGCCGGGGAUGAGCGGAUUGCGGGUGAACUCGCCGCCCGGGGGCCCCGCGAGACCGUAAGCCGCUGCUUUUCUCCGAGUCGCCGCCCUGCCCUUGGAUUUGAGAUCAUGUCCAUCCACAUCGUGGCGCUGGGGAACGAGGGGGACGCGUUCCACCAGGACAACCGGCCGUCGGGUCUCAUCCGCACUUACCUGGGGAGAAGCCCUCUGGUCUCGGGGGACGAGAGCAGCUUGUUGCUGAACGCGGCCAGCACGGUCGCGCGUCCAGUGUUCACCGAGUAUCAGGCCAGUGCGUUUGGGAAUGUCAAACUGGUGGUCCACGACUGUCCCGUCUGGGACAUAUUUGACAGUGAUUGGUACACUUCUCGAAAUCUAAUUGGGGGCGCUGACAUCAUUGUGAUCAAAUACAACGUUAAUGACAAGUUUUCAUUCCAUGAAGUAAAGGAUAAUUAUAUUCCAGUGAUAAAAAGAGCAUUAAAUUCAGUUCCAGUAAUUAUUGCUGCUGUUGGUACCAGACAAAAUGAAGAAUUACCUUGUACAUGCCCACUAUGUACGUCAGACAGAGGGAGCUGUGUUAGUACAACCGAAGGGAUCCAACUUGCAAAAGAACUAGGAGCGACCUAUCUUGAACUCCACAGCCUUGAUGACUUCUACAUAGGAAAGUAUUUUGGAGGAGUGUUGGAGUAUUUUAUGAUUCAAGCCUUAAAUCAGAAGACAAGUGAAAAAAUGAAGAAAAGAAAAAUGAGCAACUCGUUUCAUGGAAUUAGACCACCUCAACUUGAACAACCAGAAAAAAUGCCUGUCUUAAAGGCCGAAGCAUCACAUUAUAACGCUGACCUAAAUAACUUGCUGUUCUGCUGCCAGUGUGUGGACGUGGUAUUUUACAACCCCAAUUUAAAGGAAGUUGUAGAGGCCCACAAGAUCGUUCUCUGCGCUGUAAGCCAUGUUUUCAUGCUGCUUUUCAAUGUGAAGAGUCCCACUGACAUUCAGGAUUCCAGUAUCAUCCGAACUACCCAGGAUCUCUUUGCUAUAAACAGAGAUACUGCAUUUCCAGGUGCUAGCCAGGAAUCUUCAGGCAACCCACCAUUACGAGUCAUUGUUAAAGACGCCGUCUUCUGUUCUUGUUUAUCAGACAUCCUUCGCUUCAUUUAUUCAGGUGCUUUUCAGUGGGAAGAAUUGGAAGAAGAUAUCAGGAAGAAGUUGAAAGAUUCUGGGGAUGUUUCAAAUGUAAUCGAGAAAGUUAAAUGCAUUUUAAAAACACCAGGAAAGAUUAAUUGCCUAAGGAAUUGCAAAACCUAUCAAGCCAGAAAACCUCUGUGGUUUUAUAACACUUCACUCAAGUUUUUCCUUAAUAAGCCGAUGCUUGCCGAUGUUGUCUUCGAAAUUCAAGGUACGACAGUGCCAGCCCACAGGGCCAUCCUGGUGGCCCGUUGUGAAGUGAUGGCAGCCAUGUUUAAUGGUAAUUACAUGGAAGCAAAGAGUGUCCUGAUUCCCGUUUAUGGUGUUUCCAAAGAGACUUUCUUGUCAUUUUUAGAAUACCUGUACACAGACUCCUGCUGCCCAGCUGGCAUAUUCCAGGCCAUGUGUCUCCUGAUCUGUGCCGAGAUGUACCAAGUGUCCAGACUGCAGCACAUCUGUGAGCUGUUCAUCAUUACCCAGCUGCAGAGCAUGCCAAGCAGGGAACUGGCAUCCAUGAACCUUGAUAUAGUUGACCUGCUCAAAAAGGCCAAGUUUCACCACUCUGAUUGCCUUUCAACCUGGCUACUUCAUUUCAUUGCUACUAACUACCUCAUCUUCAGUCAGAAGCCUGAAUUUCAGGAUCUUUCAGUGGAGGAACGCAGUUUUGUUGAAAAGCACAGAUGGCCGUCGAAUAUGUACUUGAAGCAGCUUGCGGAAUACAGGAAGUAUAUUCACUCCCGGAAAUGUCGUUGCUUAGUAAUGUAACCUGGAGCUUUUAUAUACUGCAUUUCUUUUUUAUUAUUAUGAAGAAUGGGAUACUUCCAGGUUCCAGUAAAACUCUUCCGACUGAAACCAAUGUGGGUGUUAGAAAAAUUACCAUAUAGCUUAAUAUGUUCAUCAGUUCUCUUUGGGAAAAAACUACCAUUGUGGUCUUAAAAAGGGAACAAAAUAUACCAUAGGCUAAAACUAAGGCUUUCACUCUAGAAUGCAAAGCUGUUUUGCAGCUAUGUUUUCCCUUAAAGAUGUCCUGUUGCUUUAGUGAUAUUUAGACCCCUCUCAGUUAAGAAGUGCUUAAAUUUAAAAAAAAAAUUAUAUAGGAUUAAUACAGAAAUUUUAUCAUGUCUGAUUAAUUGCUCUAUUAAAAUAAGGGGCAUUUAAAGACCCAGCAUAACUAUUUGUAUGAUGAGAAAUCUGGGGGAAAACCAAUCAGUCCAACAUGAGAUUUUAGGAGUAGUAAUUUACCUGCCCCUUGGAAAGUGAAAUGCCACUUGGUUCCCAAUUGGUGACAGUGUUUGAAUCAUCAUAAAAAAACUUCUGCUUUUCACCUGGACAACCCAACUGAGCCACUUUGUCUCCUUUUGGCAAUCUGAGUAGGCAGGGAACCUAGGCAGGGCUGGCUUUCUUAGCAUGUAACUUGUGUAGCAGCACAGGGCCCACACUUAGAAGGACCCCGCACUUGGUUCAAGGCUCUGCUAUAGCGGAAAUUCUUAAUGAUGUUUGAAGAAGGGUCCCACGAUUUCAUUUUGUGCUGAGCCCUCAAAAUUAUGUCUAUUUCCUGGCAGGAAAUAUCCUAUGUUUUCUUGCUCAAACAGCUUUCUCUGAGCAGAAAAGAGGCACUGAUAUAAAGGGAAGAGAAGGAGGCUCACCAGAGGGAAGAGAACAUAGUAAAAAUUCCCGCCUUUGGGGAGGUCUGAACCACCCAGGGCCCCCACUGCCACCUCGGCUGGCAAGGGAGAAAUGUGUUGUGUUGUCUUAGCUUUAAAACAGUCACAGUUCUUGCUCUAUCAUAGAUGAACAAAUACUUUCUUGAUCAUUUUGUAAGACCAGGAGGUUGGUAAGAGUGACUAACCAGCCUAACUUUAAUACACAUAUAUAAAGAUGCUCUCAGAGAAAGAUGCUCUGUAGAGAAUUGGCUACUGAAGUUGGCUCAAGAAUUUUUUUUAGUGUUAUUUACCAAGAUUAGGACGUCAGUGGCUUAAAUUCUUUGAAUUCUUCUCAAGGACUACAAGAUUAUUUGAUAAAGAGUAGCAUGAAUGUUGUCCUCUAAGAUUACACAGUAAGUUCAAAGAAAAGAUAUACGUCAAAGGCUUGUUAUGUAGAGGGAGAAUGGACUGGGAUAGAGGACAGAAUGAUAGUUUCUUCCUUUCAUAUCACAUGUAUAGAGAAAUAAUUAUAUCAGAAACUCAAACCUAGAGAUGGAAAAACAGAUUACUGUCUAUUGUCAGCAUCAUUUUAAUCUGUAAGUCAGUACUGGAAUAUGUUUUUCUUUUAAUUUCCAGUGACUUUAGAAUACACACAGUUUUUCCAACUUUUCAAAAUUUUGACUAAAUGGUUUUAUAGUAUAUUGUUGGGACCCCAUACCGUUAGCCCUUGUGUGUAUACCAACACUGCCAAAGUGAAACAUUAGGCCAGGCAUGGUGGCUGAGGCCUGUAAUAACAGCAUUUUGGGAGUCUGAGGCAGGUGGAU